UCGGGCAGGGAGGUUUGUUCAUUUUGGACGUUUGUUCGACUUCUGAAAAUGGAGCACGUCUUUUUAUUCAAGGACAAGGACAAGAGCAAAGUCAAAAGAGAAGCUUGAGAUAAACCACCAAUGGAGGUUACGUGCAACGUCUCCAGCCUUGAAUGUGGCCAGUUAGCAGUCAUUAUCAUUCCCAGUCUCUUGGCUCUCAGCACACUCACCAUCAUAUCUCGGAUAAUAUGGAGCUUCCUAAAGAAAAAGAAAUCAGUGGUUCUGAGGUCCUCGGCAGAAUCUUUUGAUCGAAAUGGUCUUUUGCCUGGACAAGAUGCUCUGAGGUCAUGGGAAAUGCCUGCCCACUGCACGCUGGAGGGGGUGGAGUUCCUAAAAAAUGGCCGAUACGGGGCGACUUGCAAGGCCCAGUUAAAACGAGACGGAGCCGCCACUGCUGUGAUCAUUAAAAUGUUCAAAGGAAGUUCAAACAGUCCCGAGGCAAAAGUGUUUGCGGACUUGGCCCUGUUCUACUCAUCCGUUUGCCAACACGACAAUCUGGUACGAAUGCUGUACUGCCAGACUCGACGCUUUCCCGUCUACUUGGUCUUCGAGACGAGCACCCCUGGGAAUCUGCUUUAUUUCUUAUGGAGCCUUCGAGAGGAAAGACCUGGGACGUGCCUUGAAGAACAGCCCUUUUCAGAGAGGAAUGUAUAUUUAGUGGCCAAACAAGUGGCAGCCGGUUUGGACUACCUGCUGUCGGAACACAGGCUCGUGCACGGGAACGUCGCCGCUCACAGCAUGAUGAUUGACUCUGGGUUUCUGGUGAAAGUUUCCGGAUUGGCCUCGGCUUUUGAGUCGAGGCAGACGGAGACGGUGGGGAAGGAAGGGGCAGCCGGGGUGCCUCUGAAGUGGCAGGCACCAGAACGAAUCCUCGGACUUCCUGUUACAUCCAGGAGUGAUGUGUGGUCUUUUGGAGUCCUCCUGUAUGAGUUGAUAACUUUAGGCGAGCCUCCAUUUCCAGAACUGGAACCAUCGAAGACAUUUCUCCAAGCGCUGGCCAAUUACAAGCUAAAAAGGCCUCCAAGCUGCGGCGCUGCACUGUUCGACCUCGUGAAAUACUGCCGCAUGUGGAAUUUUAAGGAUCGUCCAGCUUAUUCUGCGAUCAUCAGACUGCUCGAGUCGUACAUCCACCUCGCUGAUACUAAACCCCUCAGUGCUGCACAGCGCAUGGACAUUUCCGAAUACAAAAGGAAGGCAGGAGUUCCGCACUGAGACACUCACAGCUGUCAACUUGAAAAGUUGAAAAAUCAGGCUAUUUAUGUAAAAACAUCUGAGACAGGGGGUCUCAAGCGCAUCUUGACGACUACCUUUAAACAAAAUCUCUGGACUUAAGAAGGUCAAAAAGUAAUAUGAUGCAGCAUAAAAGCAUGGGGUCUGAUAAUAUUAUCGAAACAGUCCUAGUUUAUCAAAAUUGCUUUCAGAAUUGCUUCCACACUUAUACACCAUCUUACAAAACAGCACUUAUCCAGCACAGGCUAUUCUUCUUCUUCUUCUUCUUCUUUCGGCUUUUCCCAUUAGGGGGCGUCAAAGCGGAUCAUCCGUCUCCAUACCCCCUUUCCUCUACAUCUGCCUCUUUCAAACCAACUACCUGCAUGUCUUUCUUAACCACAUCCAUAAACCUCUUCCUUGGUCUUCCUCUUUUCCUCCUUCCUGGUGGCUCCAUCCUCAGCAUUCUCCUACUGAUAUACCCUACGUCCCUCCUCUGCGCAUGUCCAAACCAACUUAAUCUCGCCUCCCUCACCUUGUCUCCAUAACGUCCUAAAUGCGCUGUCCCUCUAAUAAACUAAUUUCUAAUCCUGUCCAUCAUCGUCA